AUGGAUAAUAAUUUUAUUGAAAAUUGGAACGAUACAAGUCAAUAUAUGAAUAUUACGAAAAAAUCAAAGAAAAUUCCAAUGGAGUGUAAAAUAUGUGGAGCACCUGCAUAUUAUUCUUAUGUUAGUGUUAUCGUAUGUUUUUCAUGUAAAAUGUUUUUUAAACGUAAUGCAGAAAUAAAACAGGAUCAUUCUAAAUGUCUUUUUGAUGGUCAUUGUGAAAUAAAUACUCUUAAUCGUCAUAAUUGUUCAUAUUGUCGACUUGUUAAAUGUUUUAAAAGUGGAAUGCAAACUGAAAUGCUUCGAUCAUCUCGAACAACAAAAAAUAAAACAAGACAAAAAACUAAAAUGACAAAAAUAUCAACUGUUUUAGUGAAACUAAAAGAUCUAGAUCAAAUACAUCAAUUACCAACUUUGAAUUUAUUACAAUCUAAUCAAUCAACAUUAAGUAUCGAUGAUUGGAAUCAUCUAUCAAAUUUAACUCAUUGUUACGAUGAAUAUAAUGAAUUUUCCUUAGUUCAAAAUUUUAUAUAUGAACAAAAUAAUUUACCACCAAAAAUGCGUUAUAAAUUAACACGAAUCAAUGAAUUUUUUCUAUCAUUCAUAAAUCGAUCACAUUAUUUUUAUGAAAAUAAUACAUAUUUUAUUUCUUUAUGUUCACAUGAUCGUUAUAUUUUACUUCAUAAUACAAUGAAAUAUGUCGGAAGUUUUAGUGCAUGUUUUACACUACGUCAUACAGAAUUAUUAAAUAAUUUAGCAUUCUAUAAAUCUGCUGAAAUUAUUUAUGGAUCAAGUAUAUUAACUAAAAGUAAUUGUAUAAUAAAUCAACUUAAUUUUGAUAGUACAUUUUUUAAAUUAAUACUUUCAUUACUUAUUUUUUCUACAUUUAAUUAUACUUAUUAUACAAAUGUUGCUCCAAUUAAUCUAAUCGAUAUGAAAACAGUUUUACAUAUACAAAACAUAUAUACUGAAUUAGCAUGGCGUUAUUUAAUUUGUAAAUAUAAUCAUGAACAAGCUGUUAUAAGUUUUUCUAAUCUUAUUCGAUGUCUAUUUUCUUUAAAUAACACGAUUAUUGAAGCAAUUGAACUUGAACCAUGUAAAUAUAUGAUUGAUAUGAUUAUUGAACAUACCAAAAGAAAAGACAAAUAUAUUAAUUAA